UUCCGUAUUUCUUUCUAAAGUGUUAGUCAUAAAAGACAGACAUGUUUUCUUUUAUUUGUGUGUUACUUGCAGUUAUAACAUCCUGUCUUGCUAAUUCUACCCCGCCUACAUUAAAGCAGGUAUGUGUUCGUGACGGAAAAACUUACCAAAUAGGCCAGAGUUUUCAGCCGACUCCUUGUGAACAUUGUUUUUGUAGUGCUGACGGUCGGGUUGUGUGUGCUAUUGCCGACUGCUUCUUCACACCAUGUGUUGACGCCGUGCACGAUCCUACAAAAUGCUGCCCACAGUGUCCUAACGGCGAGAACUGCCAACACUCUGACGGAACCAUUAUAAAGAAGGGAGAAGUGUAUAAUCCUGAUCCAAAUACAAGUUGCAUGUGUCCAUCUUCGUUUCAUUUCGGACCAACACAGGCUGUGUGUGCCAUAAAAGCUGUAGAUCCUGUUUUGCAUGUACCUGUUGACCCCUCUCAUGUUUGAUAAUUUCAAAAAAAAUAUACUGUUA